UUUAAACAUUAGCGGAUUGAAUGAGCCACGUUAGAAAACUGAAAUACAUGGACCUUUCACUGCAUGUUAUCUGUGUUGGAAUUGCCUUUAUAAAUGUAACAGAUGGUUUCGAGAACCUUGCGGGAAAAUUGACAUACAAGGGAGUUACUUCACAGAGUACAACACACACCAACGGUAAAUGGGCGUCAGAUAAAGCCGUUGACGGACUUCUACAGGGGGAUGAUGUCUGUAGCUUCACACGGUCUGGAGACUUUAAAACAGCCUGGUGGAAGUUAACGUUGGUUAGGUGGUCCAAUGUUGCAUAUUUGCAAAUUUACUUCAGAAAAUCUACUGUAAAUCGCCAUAUCGGAUUCAAUGUGAUUGUGUUUAAUGAAACAACAUAUGAACCAUCAGCUAACAAGUCUGAGGAUGGAUAUAAGGUGUUCACCCAAGAUCCAUCUUAUUGCAUAGAACAAGUGAUGAAUGUGACCGUCAAUAGAGUGACUAAAGGAAUAGCUCUAUUUAAUUCAAACGAUCCCUUGCUUAACACAAGUUGUGAAGGAUAUGAACCUGCAUUUGCUUCCAUCGAAAUUUGUGAACUAAAGGUUAUGGGGUGUGAGUCAACACGAUAUGGGGAAAAUUGCACACCAUGUUCAUCUUAUUGUUUUGCCCAGAAAUGCGAUGCCUUUGAUGGCUCCUGUAAAUACGGGUGUAGCGACAGGUUUAUUAAACCACCUGAUUGUAGGAUUUGUAGAGACGGUUUUUACGGUCAUAAUUGUGAAGGAACCUGUGGUAAAUGUAAAAAUGGCGCCGUAUGCAAUAAAACUACAGGAAUAUGUCCAAAUGGAUGUCAUUAUCAAUGGAAUGGUCUAAUGUGUAAUUUGUGUAAAAAUGGAUUUUAUGGUGACAACUGUACAAAGACAUGCGGUCAUUGUAAACCAGGAACAUAUUGUCAAAAUUUGACGGGCAUUUGCCAUGACGGAUGUGAUGACCAUUGGAAUGGUUCCAAGUGUAAUGUAUGCAAAGAUGGCUUCUAUGGUACGAGUUGUUCAAGUUGCGGGAGUUGUGCGAAUGGAACCUUUUGUAACAACAUUACAGGAAUAUGUCCAGGGGGUUGUGAAAAACAUUGGAAUGGAACCAAGUGUGACGAGUGUGACGAUGGAUAUUAUGGAUCUAGUUGCAAUAAAAGAUGUGAAAAUUGCAUCCAAACAAAAUGCACAAGUGCAGGACAUUGUCUGCUAGGAUGCAGAGAUAAUAUGAAAGGUUUGAAAUGUGAUGAAAACAAUUUACCACUUGGAGGGAGCACGGCAGGACUUAUUGGAGGGGUCAUUACGUCAAUCAUUAUUGUGGUAGUUGUUAUCAUCUCCGUAGUUAUUGUUGCAAGACGACGGAAAUUGCAUCAAGAAAUAAAUGAAAAAAGAAGCUCUGCAAAGGUUGAGGAAGACAAUAAUAAAAUUGAAGAAAACCAUUUAGAGAUAAAUGGUGAUUUACAUCAAUCAUCAACUCAAGAAUCGCGGCUUGACUUUGCUGGUGAUUGUAUGUAUUACAAUACAAAUCAAACAUCCAAUGAUAUCAAAAUUGAAGACCUACAGAAAAAUAUAGCAACAAAAAUCGUCGGUGAAAAGUCCCCUUUUCUUUUGGAAUAUAAUAGACUUCCCCAUGGCGACGUGAAUAAAUGCCACACGGCUCAGGAGAAAGAAAAUCUCGCCAAGAACCGAUUUCGAACAACAUUUCCUUAUGAACACUCCAGAGUUAUUCUCAAAGAGAAAUGGAACAAGGACGACAAUGAUUACAUAAAUGCAAACUAUGUCAGGGAUUUAAAUGGUGAAAGAAGCUUCAUUGCAACGCAAGGUCCUUCGAAAAAUACAACAUCAGACUUUUGGAGAAUGGUAUUACAAGAGAAUAUUGAUUGCGUUCUUAUGCUCACAAAUCUUGUCGAGAAUGGAAAGAACAAAUGUACUCAGUACUGGCCAAAUAAGGAUCACCCGAUGAAAAUUGGUUCACAUAUGGUUUCCUUGUUGGAAGAAUCUACAUAUGCUUUCUACACAGUUCGAAAACUUUCAAUAAAGAGACAAAAUUCAAAUGAACUGAGAGCAGUCACACAGUUUCAUUAUACGGCUUGGCCUGAUCACGGAACGCCUGAAGAGAUAGAACUCCUUCAAUUUCACAAAGCUGUUUUAAAAGUAUGGCAAACUGGACCCCCAUUAUUGGUUCAUUGCAGCGCCGGAGUUGGCAGAACGGGAACAUAUAUUGGUCUGAAUGUGUUACUACAACAAGGGAGAGAAACGGGGCGGAUCAACGUUUUUGAUUUCGUGAAGCAAAUGAGAGAGGACCGAAUGUCCAUGGUUCAAACAGUUGAGCAAUAUGUGUUCUUACAUAAAGCCAUCCUUUGUGGAUAUCAAGAUAUAGAUACUGUGAUAUCUGAACAUGACCUUCAAGCAAAAGUAUCCACCCUUUUGAAUGAUGCCUCGCCUUUUAAUCAACAACAACUGAACAAGGAGUUUCAGCUGUUAGAGGCUUUGAAACCUGUUUUUGAUAUUGAGACCAACGAAGAUGCUGCAAAACCUGCGAAACAAACCAAAAAUGUGGAUUUGGAUAUUUUACCAGCAUCAAAAUACCGACCCUACUUAACAACCUAUGUAAAAGGAAGAAAUGACUAUAUAAAUGCAGUCUUCAUUUCUACAUUUACGAAUCCACUAGGAUUUAUUGUUACCCACAAUCCUCUUCCUGAUACUGAGGUAGAUGUAUGGAGAUUGUGUAAGGACCAUGACGUGGAAUCAAUGGUGGUUCUGUAUGACGACAAUAUGGGAUCUAACUGGCUGCCCAAUGGAGGAGAAAAGCUACAGUGUAAACCCUUUACCAUAAGUACUAAAAACAAGGGGUUUGACAAUGACGGUAUCCAACAAGAUCGUCUUCUUAUAUCAACAGAUGAUUGCAAAUCGUAUAUUGACAUCUUUCGAAUUCCCUCUGAAAAUAAUGCCGCUUUACUGAAAGUAGCAAAAAUGCUUCAAGAAAAAGAAAAUGCAUCAACGUCACUUGUCAUAAGCAGCAAUGGUGCUGGACCAGCGGGGGUGUUCUGUGUUUUACAUAACGCCCUUCAACAGCUUCGUAUGGACGGAGAGGUGGACAUAUUUACAAGAGUCCGACAGAUUCAGACAAGGCGACCAGAAGUCAUCACAACGCUUGAAGAGUACCGGAGGUGUUACCAGUUACUUGUUGGACCCGUUUCAUCGGAGGGAAUAUAUGCAAAUGUUUGAGACAUACUCAAUGGAGUCUCCUUCAAUUUAAACAAUAAAGAGUUCGUUCUUCCAUUAUAAUUGAAGAGAUUAUAUGAAGGAUCUACUUGCAUAAAUUUAUUUAUCAAAAUUAUAUAAUUCUUAUUAUUAAGUGAAGUUCAGUUACUAUAACGAUUAUUUAAAAACUUUGUAAUUGAAAUAUGUGUAUGUCUUUUCAUUAUAUUUUGAAAUAACUUCUUUACUUUAACGAUAUUUCUUUAUACUCAACAUUUAAUUUAAAUUCAUUUUUUUUUUUAAAAAUCUCUGUUCGACUAUAUUUGUGAUUUUAGAAAUAUCAUCAUAAUUUUACUCUAUUUGUAAAGGAGUAUUUUUGAAUUGACCUAUGUUCGGUUUUAGCAAAUAUAGAUUUGAUUUGUUUUGACGAGUAGUAUAAUUAAGUAGACGCGUUAUUCAAUUUGUCUGCACACACCGUUAGAGUUAUGAUACUAUAUCUUUCAAAAUAUAGUAAUUCAUUGCUUAAAUGUAAAACAGGAAAGAAGAUAAAUUUCAAAAGAGCAAUAAUAGACACACUUACUUAAGGUCAGACGACACACUCCUCAAUAAUAUUAAAUUUUUCCUAAGAAUUAAUUAUUGAAGUCUAGGUACUUGAACAGGUUUCCUAAGAAAAAAUUAGGAUACCUUACCACAAGGGAAUGUUUCUU